AUGGCCACCAAAUCCUGUGAUGAUGAAUUCGCCACAAUAUUGAACGACAUAACAUUUACUCAGAACAACGGCGGCACCCCCGGCGCAACUAUACUCAAUACUAACCCAUACCCAGUACAAUCCUACCCUUCGUGGUUCCCCGGGACGCACUACGCCUCAUUCGCUCGGGAAUGGAAGUGGGCCAUCAACAAGUUGUUCGACGUGCCAUAUGAGAAAGUGAAGAAGCAAAUAGUGACCGGCGGUACCGCAGAGCCAUCGUUCCUCCGCACACAUAUAGAGGCGGUUUCUGGGUCUGGAAAGGUCCUUACAAACGAAGACAUCCAAGACCUCAAAGGGUUUGCCGGUGUCCUCUUCGCUGGGGGUGCUGACGCAAAAAAGGGACAGGAGGAACUCGAUCGUGUUAUUGGCCAUGGUCGGCUCCCGACCUUUGAGGUAAUACAUCCACAGCUAAAGUCCAAUGAUAAUCCAUGA